UGGAAGUCGCCACCAAGGCCAAUCCCUGGGAUGGGAAGACACUGAAGCCUGAGAGUGUGCGAUUGCAGCUGGAUACAUCCCUGGAGAGGCUGAAGAGGGCGAGUGUGGAGCUCUUCUACCUCCAUGCUCCUGACCAUGGGACCCCGGUGGAGGAGACGCUGCGUGCCUGCAAUGAGCUGCACAAAGAAGGGAAGUUCAAAGAACUUGGUCUAUCAAACUACGCAGCAUGGGAGGUUGCAGAAAUCUGCACCAUCUGCAAAUACAACAACUGGGUGAUGCCAACUGUGUACCAGGGUAUGUACAACGCAACCACUCGCCAGGUGGAAGCCGAGCUGUUCCCUUGCCUGAGGUACUACGGACUGCGGUUCUAUGCCUACAAUCCGCUUGCAGGAGGGCUGUUGACUGGCAAGUACAAGUAUGAGGACAAAGACACACACCAGCCCACUGGAAGAUUUUUUGGGAAUGACUGGGCUCAAGCCUACAGGGACAGGUACUGGAAAAAGCACAAUUUUGAAGGAAUUGCCCUUGUAGAAAGAACUCUGAAAGAUGCUUAUGGCUCCAAUGCACCGAGCCUGACCUCCGCUGCGUUGCGUUGGUUGUACAAUCACUCCAAACUGCAGGGUUCUCUUGGAGACGCAGUGAUCAUUGGGAUGUCCAACUUGGAGCAGCUAGAGCAGAACCUUGACUACAGUGAAGAGGGUCCCCUGCUCCCAGCUGUCGUGGAGGCGUUUGAUAAAGCCUGGAACCUGACUGCACAUGACUGCCCCAACUAUUUCCGCUAGAGACUAGGGUAGGG